CGCAAGAUUUGUAUUGAAUUUUUGUAUUUUGUUUGUUGUGUUCAUUAAGUAAUCAUAACUUGAAUUGAAUUCACUUUAAAUUGCAUUGAAAUUUGGAUGAAAUGGUGUUUUUGAGCCAAAUAUGUAUGAAAUAUACGCCCAUUUGGUUACAGAAAUCCGGCCGAAGAUCCGUAUUCUUCCGGAGAGUCUCUCUCUUCCGUCUGACGGGUGCAUUUGGAGGUUUGAGUCGAAACUGUUGGAAGAUUGCGAUCAAGAAGUGGACGAAAUCAAUACAAUAUAAGCCUAAAUACCGACGAAUGAGGACUUCAAUGAUUUUAGAUCUCUAUUCACAGCGAGUGUUGGGAGCCGUCGAAGAGCACGGAUUCAAACUCGAGCUCUUCCUCUCCUCUUUGACUAAAUGUGGACUAGAAUUAGACCGCAAAUCGUUGGCAAAUAUCGCUGUUUAUGAACCAAAAACUUUUGAGAGUUUAGUAAAUUUGGCCAAAACUAAGUUCCGAGAAGAGGGCGACUCCGAGGCCGCCAUUAAUCUGAAACCCGUCGAUGGAGUCAUCACUCGAGGAAUGCUUUGAUAUAUAAAUUAAAACCAAAUGAAAAACACAUGUUUUAAUAUAAAAUGUUUAAUUGAGUGAUGAAUUGAUGAGAAUUACAAAAUAUAUAAUCAAUGAAAUGAAAUUAAUUUAGUGUUAAGUAAACAAUAAGUCUCUCAAUUAAAAUAGAAAACAAAGUUUAGUUAAAGAUUAGACUAAU